AUGGCUGUCGAUUCCCCAGUGAGCAGAAGUCCAGAGAGUAUGAUCGAAGCGAUUGACAACUGCGACGAGGGCACUCUUCGACGCCUACUGCAGACCGUCAUUCGCAAGGUCCCGGACUGCAGGCGCAAGAUUGCGCAGGACUACGGUUUGGCUGCUGAGCUCUACCAAGUUUCCGAGGAAGACAGACAAAAGGCUAUCGCCGAUCAAUACAGUGAGGUGAAGACGGGCAUGAAGGACGACAGCUCCUCUUCCGAUCAUCUGGACUUCUGCGAGCGGGCAAAGUUCGUCCCCAUGAGGCUCACAUACGAUGAGCGGAAGUACUUGCGGCUGAUCGAUGCGACCAUGCACGUGUCCCACUACACGGACCACAUGGACACCGCAGCUAGCGUGAAUGCCAACAACGCAAGAAAGCUGGCGCUCCAGAUGAAGCAGCUUUGUGCCGUUCUCACCGGCAUGCAGGUCUCGCACAACUACGAGCAGGGCCAGCAGCUGUUGCAGAAUCGAGACUUCAGCACCAAGUCUGCCUUCUUCCAGACCGUGCUGGAAAUAGGACGGCGGUACAAGAUCUUGAACCCAGAGCGCAUGCGCGACUCGUAUGGGAAGCUGAUGUAUUUCCUCCAGGACUCCCGAAAGCCCGAAGUUCGCGACCUUUUGGAGUUCGACGUCGUGUGCCCCGUGCGAUCUGUGUGGCACGUCCUCAGCCGAUCUCCUAAGGGCACGCAGCUGCUUCAGGAUCCACAGCUCAAGACUGCCACGAUGGAGAUCUCCAGUGAGGUCUUCAGUCUGUGGAGCCAUCCCAAUAUGAGUUUUCUGAGAAGCUUCCUGGGUAUUCACAUCCAGCAGUGGUUCCAAGCCAUUUGUUUUCAGGAUGUUCUUCGGGUCCAAGUUGUAGGCUCCUACAGAGAUUCUGACUCAGAGGACGCAGAUGCCACCGACGAGCUCUCUGAGGAUGUGGUUGAGCAGUGCAUCUACUCCAUCGGAGACCACAGCACCUACCUGAGGUUCAACCGAGAGCCCUGCGCGAAGCUCAUCCAAUACCUCAAGGAGUUUUUCGACCCGGAUGAUCCAGGGCCAGACCCCAAGUAUUCCUUGGCCAUCGAAGAGGGUGUCAAUGGGGCGCGCUUGUCCCAUCCACAUAGCCGUCAGUACACAUUCGUGCUGCAGUCGAUGGCGCUCUGGAGGGAGGUCCUGGACAACAUGUUCCAACUUUGGCACAUUGCCGAAGAGGACCUCCUUGACGAUGAGCACCAGUACCAGCUGGCAGACACGGGGCAAGGCUACCAGCGAGUACAGAAGUCAAUUCGGAGCGUCUUUGCCAUGCAGAAGAUCCUCGCCGAUGUCCAGCAAAAGGUUGGAGGUUGGGUGGGCUCCAGCAUCGUGCAUCUUGGUGACCACAAUGUGCCCAAUUCCCUGAUGUUCAUUGACAAGUACAUCCAGGUACCGCGAUUUCUGGGACCUCUUGUCCUGACCAUCGAGAAGAUUCCCGAGUUGAGCAAAAGCUCCCUGGGGAUGAAGACCUACGUUGACUCUUUCGGGGGAGUCUUGAAGCUGCAGAAGCUGAUCCUGGCGGACUUCUUCAAGCACGCCUUCGAUGGCAGCGGUGCCGACAACUUCUUCGAUGCAGGCUCCUGCAUUGAUGGGCGCCUCACCUCCGCUUGGAACUGGUGCUCCUCCAUCGAGUCCAAGUCGUACUUUCCAAUCUUCCUCCUGACCGGCUUCUCAGGGAAAGUCAGCAUGCCACAGAGCGUCGGUAACCAUUGCAAACUCGACGGCCUUGAGUCUCUCAUGCCGCUCUCCUUCUCGCGCCUCCGCACGGCGAUCUUCUCUGUUCUGGGAGCUGCUUCCGUGGCGCUGACCAUCUGGCUGCAGAGGCAUCGAAUCUGGUUGCUUUCGGGCUCCCGCAGCCAAUCCAGCGAAAGCGAGAUGGAGUCGAGCAGGCGGAGCCCAAGGCGCAAGCUCUCCGAGGGCACUUGCAGUUCAGCUCGUGGCUUCUCUCUGCAGGAACUGUCGCAUGACGUCCUCCUGAGCAGCCUCAGCCUCCUCAGUGCCUGCGAUCUCGCACAGGUCGCGAAUUGCUCACGGCUUUUCCUGCUGCUUUCCCUUGAUGCCUCAAAGCGGCCUUCCCUGGUUGCUGCCAUGGGCUCCCCAGAGGAGGUGUCGCGGAAGCUGCGCCAGAGCCUUGCGGCCAGGCCCUCGUUGGGCUUCAUCUUCGGCCCCUCCGUGCCCAGGGGCUCUAAAGCCGAAGCGAGAGAAAGAGUGAAGAAGCUGCUGGAUGGCCUUCCGCCAGAGUGCCAAAUUGUCGGUGCUGCCACGAGUGACGCUCAGGCCCUCGUGGCGCCAUCGGGCAACACCCAAGAGACAGUGAUGAGGGACCAAGAGAGCAGCCCUGAGCUUGAGAUCUCGCUGAUGCUCGGCGCAUUCCCUGCCGCAGUGGCGCACUCCUUCUAUGUGUCACCGGACGUCUGCCAGGACACCAGCCAGUUGGAUGGACCCGAGCUAGCCAAAAUACUGGCCGACUGCGGUGUGCCGGAAGGACCCGAGUGGGGUACCGUGGUUCUCAUCGUAGGUGGCCGCCAUCAGCACCGCGGCUUUGACCCAGAGCGCUUCGUGGCGAUUCUUCAGCAGCGGUGCCCAAAGGCUGGCAUAAUCGGAGGCAUCGUCACCGAUCCGCUGCUCCUCCGUCGCGGAGGGCGGCUUCAGGAGCACCGAAGUGGUGCACUUGGCCUUGCCUUGCGAGGUGAUGUGCCCCUGACGGCCAUGGUCUCCCGUGGCUGCAGGUCCAUCUUCCAGGGCUUCCACACGAGCUCGGAGGCGGUGAUGGAGCCUGGUGACUGCGAGGAUCCCACAGAGCCCGAGAAUUACCUGGUCAUACCGACCUUGGUAGACUCCGGCGGUGCGCGGCACGAGCCUCUGGGCCUUGCGAUCCAAGCCCAGCAGAAGCAUGGCGGUUUCCCUCUAUAUGCCGGGCUGCGUCCACGGGGCCAAGCACAAGGCUUCCUUCUGGAGCAGCUUGGCCAGGCCUCGUUCAGCCAGGGGGGGAAGAUGCGGCUGCCUUUCGAUGCGACGUUGAAGGCCCAAU